UUUCGUCAAAAGUGACAGUUGGAUGCAUUAAAUCUUCCAACACGGCUUUUAGAUGAGAAGAUGAGCAAAAUUUAAGACCUCAACUGUACUCUUCAUGGCUUCAAUUCUUUUCUUUUUACUAUAUAAAUCCUUCUUCCUGCCCCCAGUUCUCAUCAAAGUCAUCUUGUUUAAGUGUUACCUAGACUUACCAAAGAUGACAGCUUCUUUUUCUUUUAAGGUUCUUCUUGUUUUGUUUCUUGGUGCACUUGUUUGCGCCACUAGUGCUAGGAAGCUUACGGGUGGAUUUGAGGAAGAGAAAAACCUCUUCCAUCGUCGGCCGAGGUUUGGGGGUGGAUUAGGAGGAGGAGGUGGUGGAGGGUUUGGUGGUGGAGGUGGAGGAGGGCUAGGUGGUGGAGCUGGAUUUGGGGGGGGCGCUGGUGCUGGUGGUGGCGUUGGUGGAGGUGGUGGGCUUGGAGGAGGUGGUGGUGGAGGGUUCGGAGGAGGUGGUGGCGGUGGAGUAGGUGGUGGUGCUGGCGGUGGGUUUGGAGGUGGAGCUGGAGGUGGAGCUGGAGGUGGCUUCGGUGGAGGAGGUGGGUUUGGCGGUGGAGCUGGUGCAGGUGGUGGGUUUGGCGGUGGAGCCGGUGCAGGUGGUGGGCUUGGAGGAGGAUUGCCAUGAAUAGAAGUCAUGCCCAUAAAUGAAUAAUGAAAUGUAAUUUGAUAAGUGUGGCUUGAACAGCACGCCUUAAUUUUAUGUUUUCUGUUAUUUGUUCCAAUUUGUUAAAGAAGGAAAUAAAAGCAUAAACCCUAUGCUUGCUCUCAAAUUUCAUCAUAGGACUGCCAUUAACUUCUCUCCAUUUCCUUUUAUAUUUGAUCAUCUCAAAUAUUUUCCAUAUGUAAUGUAUACCUUAGUUAAAUGCUUGUACGAUCUAUAUUUGACUUCA